UACUCAUUUCUUUUGCACAUUACCUUCCACACAAGUUUUACUUUGUGGCCACAAUGUGCAUACUUUUUUUGAUUGUUACUUUCAUGACAUAGCAAAUUGUUUCUAUAGUCUUUAUAAAGGUCAUUUAAAAUGACAUGUGCAGUAAGUCAAAGUCUUGUGCUAGGAAAUUUGAAAAAAAAGUGUAGAGAAAAAUACAAAAAUUACUGAAUCUGAACAUCUAUAGAUAAGUGUUGUUAGCAGUUGGUCUAUUUCCUUCCAAUCACAUACAGAUCAUAUCUAAUGGGUAAAGAAUAUUCCAUACUGUCAACAGACCACACUGUCUUCUAAAAUCGCUUCAGCAGUGAGGAUCCUCUGGAAAAGAUCUUGUUAAUCCUGAGGAAUUACUCUCCCAGCGGUGAGCUAUGAGAAGUGGAAUCACCAGAUGUAGUAAUUCCUGACAGAACUGCCGCCUCCUUGUGUGGCUGAGAUGCUGACCUAGGUGUCAGGCUUGUCGCGCCGGAACCCAGCACCCAUGCUGAGUCUUUCUGAGCUCCACUCUGCUCCUGUAAGAUAUUAACCACCUGAGGUAGCUAUCCAGAUUCAAGGCGGUAGUGAUUUUGUGUGUCUGUGUAGUGAUUUUGUGUGUCACGGGGUCCGCGGCGGGAACGCAGGGGCUGGGUCCGACGUCCCCAGACCUCUAGCAGGGUACGGCGCGAUGAACAUCUUCCAUAAACCUUAAACCUCAAACCUCCGGGCGCUCAGUCACUGGUUCUUAUUUCAGCCCUCUUAGCCCUGUAGGUCGGCGCGCUUAAAACCUUUCUGGUACCUGGGGCCUUUCCUAAGAAAAAGGCACAUGUCUCGCACAUUUAAGUCUGGUCUGCAACUUCAGGCGCGCCAGCACCCGAGGUUCUUCCGAGCGGCCGCUCAGCGCCGGAGCCGAGAACUCCCAGAGCAUUGGUCCGGCCUCCGGGCGCGGGGGACAGCCUCGGGAGGAGUGGGACUCCGGGCGCCGCGCACGGGCCGAGGACAGCCCGGCUUGGGAGGCCCUGCCCGCCGCCCCGCGUCCUCCCGGCCACUGCCACCCCGCGCAUCCGGAGUCGCAGCAGACCCGGCGGGGCCCAGAGCCCCCCGCCCGCCCCUGGCCGCCGCUUGUUUACUCCCCGGCGCAGCCUAGUCCGACCCUGGGGCCCGCCCCCGCCCACCGCCUAUUGGCCGAGGAGGCUCGAAGACCAGUAACGAUUGGCCCGGGGAGGCGCGGGGCGAGCGGGGUAGGCUGCGCGAGAGGCCGAGAGGGGGCAGCAGGCGAUGGCGGCGGCGGCAGCUGCGGCGGGUCGGUUAGGCUGGUUGUUCGCCGCGCUCUGCCUGGGCAACGCCGCGGGGGAGGCCGCGCCGGGCCCGCGAGUGCUGGGCUUCUGCCUGGAGGAGGAUGGGGCGGCGGGCGCGGGGUGGGUACGCGGAGGUGCGGCGCGGGACACGCCGGACGCCACCUUCCUCCUGCGCCUCUUCGGCCCGGGCUUCGCCAACAGCUCUUGGUCCUGGGUGGCCCCGGAGGGGGCGGGCUGCCGGGAGGAGGCGGCGGCCCCCGCGGGCGAGUGGCGCGCGCUGCUGCGCUUGCGCCUGCGGGCCGAGGCCGUGCGCCCGCACUCGGCGCUGCUGGCGGUGCGCGUGGAGCCGGGUGGCGGGGCGGCCGAGGAGGCGGCGCCGCCCUGGGCUCUGGGCCUGGGGGCGGCCGGGCUGCUGGCGCUGGCAGCGCUGGCGCGGGGCCUGCAGCUGAGCGCGCUGGCGCUGGCGCCUGCCGAGGUGCAGGUGCUGCGCGAGAGCGGCUCGGAGGCGGAGCGUGCGGCGGCGCGGCGUUUGGAGCCGGCGCGGCGCUGGGCCGGCUGCGCCUUAGGCGCACUGUUGCUGCUAGCCAGCCUGGCGCAGGCGGCGCUGGCGGUGCUGCUGUACCGCGCGGCCGGCCAGCGUGCGGUGCCCGCCGUGUUGGGCAGCGCGGGGCUCGUGUUCCUGGUGGGAGAGGUGGUGCCGGCCGCCGUGAGCGGGCGCUGGACGCUGGCGCUGGCGCCGCGCGCGCUCGGCCUCAGCCGCCUGGCCGUCCUGCUCACUCUGCCCGUGGCGCUGCCCGUGGGGCAGCUGCUGGAGCUGGCGGCGCGGCCCGGGCGGCUGCGGGAGCGGGUGCUGGAGCUGGCGCGCGGCGGCGGCGACCCCUACAGCGAUCUCAGCAAGGGCGUGCUGCGCUGCCGGACGGUGGAGGACGUGCUCACGCCCCUCGAAGACUGCUUCAUGCUGGACGCCAGCACCGUGCUGGACUUCGGCGUCCUGGCCAGCAUCAUGCAGAGCGGCCACACGCGCAUCCCCGUGUACGAGGAGGAGCGCUCCAACAUCGUGGACAUGCUCUACCUCAAGGACUUGGCCUUCGUGGAUCCCGAAGACUGCACGCCGCUCAGCACCAUCACUCGUUUCUACAACCAUCCGCUCCACUUCGUCUUCAACGACACCAAGCUAGACGCUGUUCUGGAGGAGUUCAAGCGAGGGAAGUCCCACCUGGCCAUCGUGCAGAAGGUGAACAACGAGGGUGAGGGCGACCCCUUCUACGAGGUCCUGGGGCUGGUCACCCUGGAGGACGUGAUCGAGGAGAUCAUCAGGUCCGAGAUCCUGGACGAGUCUGAAGACUACCGAGACACCGUGGUGAAGAGGAAGCCUGCUUCUCUGAUGGCCCCUCUGAAGCGGAAGGAGGAGUUCUCCUUGUUCAAGGUGUCUGAUGAUGAAUAUAAAGUAAAAAUCUCGCCUCAGCUGCUCUUGGCCACCCAGCGCUUCCUGUCUCGAGGCCCCAGUGGACGCUGUCCCUUUCUUCCACCACGGGCAGAAGUGGAUGUAUUCAGCCCACUGCGCAUCUCUGAGAAGGUCCUGCUGCACCUGCUGAAGCAUCCCAGUGUCAACCAGGAAGUGAGGUUUGACGAGAGCAACCGCCUGGCCACACACCACUACCUGUACCAGCGCAGCCAGCCGGUGGAUUACUUCAUUCUCAUCCUACAGGGCAGGGUUGAAGUGGAGAUCGGGAAAGAGGGUCUGAAGUUCGAGAAUGGGGCCUUCACGUACUAUGGAGUGUCGGCCCUAACUGUGCCAUCCUCGGUCCACCAGUCCCCGGUGUCCUCGCUCCAGCCCAUCCGCCAUGACCUGCAGCCUGACCCAGGUGAUGGCACGCGUUCAUCUGCGUAUUGUCCCGACUACACCGUGAGGGCGCUCUCUGACCUGCAGCUCAUCAAGGUUACGCGGCUGCAGUACCUCAACGCACUCCUGGCUACCCGAGCCCAGAACCUGCCACAGUCCCCUGAGAACACCGACCUGCAGGUUAUUCCAGGCAGCCAGACCAGGCUCCUUGGUGAGAAGACCACCACAGCGGCAGCCUUCCCAGUAGACCUUUCCCUCUUUGGCACAGUUGGAAACUGCAGUUGAUAAAUGACUGUGGACUAGUGCGCAUUUUUUGUUUUCAGAGCACACCCAAGGUAAAUAUCUUCCCUCUCCCUGCCCCUUUACUUCUCUUUCCUGGCCCUUCAGCUGAGGGAGGAGCAGAGCCCACGGCUUCCCAGGCUGGGGGGCAUUUUUCUCCAGGGGUGUGGGGUGGGUGCUCCCUUCCAUUCUUCUGGAAGACAGGAGAGGUCAUGAGACUCCUCCACUGUGGAAAAUGGUGCUUCCUUCCAGCACAGGGCGCUGUAUUGUCCCGGGAAGGUGCCUCUUGUUCAGCAUAAUGACCUGGGACCCCCGGGGCCAGAAAUUCACAGCCCCAGCUUCCCCCAUCUCCCAGGGAAGGCAUCUGUUAGCUGACUGUCUGCUAACCAGUUGCUCCUGGCUCUGCUCUGAUACCUCCCAAGGCAUCCCGAAGCCCCUGUCUUAGCUGCCCCUUCCUGUCCCACAGAGGAUUUGGCACUUGGUUUUGACAGGACCCUUUUCCAGCUUUGAUGUUAAUUCUCCUUCCCUUGUCUCCUGUAGGGUCCAGCCACAGCAGGCCCGGCGUCCAAGUGGAAGGCAGCCCUGGGCGGAACCCAGGCGUUUAACUGCUCACUAGGCAGCCCCAGAUCUGGGGAACAGAUGAGCACGUGGGGAGCUGGAGUGAGCUGAGCAGAAGCUUCGUGCCCGCCUGCCCCCAUCCCCUCCAGGCCACGUUUUAGAUGGCCCUUGUAGAUGCGGGUCCUGGGUGUCCUCAGAACUAGACAUCAAUGCCUGGAUCCUUCAGCCGGCCCUGCCCUCCUUUAGGAGACAGGAGUCACCAGGGCACAGCCCUCCAGGCCCGCGUCAGGAAGGAACAAAAAGAAUACCAUCAUCUCUAGUCCCCAGGGCCCAGCCUUCCCCUUCUCCCCCGAGGCAGGGACAGCGCGGCAUAUUCAGAUUCAGACCUCUUUGGGCCGAGCCACCUUGUGAGUGCAGUUACUGCCUUUGUGUGGCCGUGAUACUGUAUUUGUUUGCUUUUAAUUUGCCAACCUAUCGCUGCUGGCAGCACUUUUUGAGCAAGCCGAGAGCACCCAUUUUGGCUGGGGGUUCAAAUCGAUGGCCUUGUCCAUGGUGUCCUUUCUGGCUUCCCUGAUGGUGUCAUGUUUCAGAGCAUGCGCCCAGCCUUUCCCAUGUGCCAAACUAGAAGCUCCACUGCCCGUAGGUUGUCCCUGUAGCCCUGCUCCCUCCCUGGAGGCUGCUCUUCGGAUUCUGAGAGCUGGCCUAGUGGUGCUGAGGGCCCCUUUCUGCUUCUCUGCCCACCUGCUGAGUUGCCACUUGCAGCGUUGUCAGUUCCUGUGUUCUGAGAAGAGGUCAUGCCUGGGAGGAAGGGAUCGUCAUGCUGCAUCGAAUCCUCUCUCUGCUGUGUGGCCCCCGGGAGAGUAGCUGCCUGUUGCACCUGCUCCACACCUCCCCACAGCUUCCCUGCAGGUGCUGUGUGGCCAUGAUGUGCAGAGAGCAGUGAGGGAGGGUUUAUGAACCAGGUGGAUCCUCUUUAAAAAAAAAAAAUCCAUUUUUGUUAUAUCUCUAGAACAUUUCAAGUCUUUUCCUUUUUUUCUGUUCCUAGCUAUGGGAUUUUAGAGAAGUGGGAACAGGAAGGCAUUUGUCUUUCUUUUAAUUUACUACAUUUUCCUUCCGUAGUUCUUCAGCUGUGUGGAAACUGGGGCAUCACAAGGACAUAGGAUCAUAGAUUGGGUAGGGAGGGAGGAAGAUUUCUGGAACUUUUCUCAAAGGAAUUUGGACCCUUAUAAAUGGGAAUGAAGGUCAGAACAACAGUGGUAUCCUUGCUUAGAAAUUGUCCUCAAGGAAUAAACUCUGAGAGCAAGCCUGGGUUGGAAACAGAUGCUUUAAAA